UUUUCUUUUGUUAGAGAAUAGAGAGUGGUAAUUCAGAUUUGGUCAACGAUUCUAGUCACAUAUUUUCCUCCAAAAGUAUUCCUUCCAAAAACAAUCUAUACAUGUUUAAAUUAGGUAGCAUAAAGAUAAAAGUGAAAUUUAGUAGUAUAGGCCUGAACAUUUUUUUGUUUAAAAGAGUGCUUUUGAAAUAAGCAUCCACCCCAAAUGUUGGUUGUAUUUAUGCUGUGAUAAAAAUAGGUGAGAGAUCAUAUGAUCUAAUAUUGUAUUGAUGGAAGUAUAGGUAGUAUAGUAGUGAUUGUUCAUCAAGCAUGCAGUAAAGAUCACUUUUUUUUUUUUUUUUUUGAGAUGGGAGUCUUGCUCUGUUGCCCAGGCUGGAGUGCAGUGGUGCAGUCUUGGCUCACUGCAGCCUCCACCUCCCAGGUUCAAGUGAUUCUCCUGCCUUAGCCUCCUGAGUAGCUGGGAUUACAGGUGCGUGCCACCACGCCCAGCUAAUUUUUUGUAUUUUUAGUUGAGACAGGGUUUCACUGUUCUCAAGACCAUCCUGUUAGCCAAGAUGGUCUUGAUCUCCUGACCUCAUGAUCCGCCUGCCUUGGCCUCCCAAAGUGCUGGGAUUACAGGUGUGAGCCACCGUGCCCGGCCAAAGACUGCUCUUAAAGCACCUUUUUGACAGUGAACAUGGUCUAAAGAAGGAUAUUGUAGAAGAUUUCACACACACGCGCGUGCGGGAGACAACUAAGGGUAUUGAAGGUACUAAUUAGAUUUCCAAAAUUUUCUACAGAGUUAAUUAUCAACAAAAUGUGAAUGGUACAUACAAAACCUGGCAUUUUCUUGUGAUAAGUUUACAUUUUUAGGAGAGAGGAGCUUUCAAUCUGCCCUUUUCUCCUUUGUUUUUGUAGUUUUCACCAAAGAUGAUCAACUAGAAAUGUUAAGUGGCUAUGCAAGCAAAAGCAUAGAUAGGUUAAAAAAAAGGAUCAGGUGGCUGGGCAUGGUGGCUCAUGUCUAUAAUCUCAGCAUUCUAGGACAGUGAUGUGGGAGGAUUAUUUGAGGCUAGGAGUUCCAGUUCGAAACCAGCUUCAUAAACAUAGCAAGACCCAGUCUCGACCAAAAAAAAAAAAAAUUAUAUAUAUAUAUAUAUAUAUAUACACACACACACACACAUAUAUGUACACAUACAUAUACAUAUGUAUAUAUAGAACACAUGGCAAGAGCAGGAAAUGGGAAGACUACCUUUUUUCUGGCAGCUAUGUGUUGUUUUGUUCCAAAGAUGGCAAGUGUACAACCAAACCAAUCCACUUGCUUACAGAAUGUUUAGUGUAGUUAAGACUAAUUUGACAACAGAUAAAACAGUCUGUCAGCUAUUACAAAGUAAUCAGCUGAACACUAAUGCUGUUCUGCCUGCUCACAUGAGAUAAAGAUACCCUCUCAUGGAAUAAACUCACCUUGCUUAGAAUUCAUAUAACGAAGUAACCUUAUAACUGCUCUCUAGUCUGCCUUAUUUCUGUCAUAGAGUAAGAUAUUCCUUGAAAGCCCAUUAAGUGGAAUAGACUUUCUGAAAAUAAGAGUUCUUUACCUCAGUCCUCCUUUAAUUUGGUUGAGAGGAGGUAAUGAAAAUGGGGACAGGAUAAAAGGUGGCAACUAAAUUUAAAGCACAGAAGAAAUGAUUUCCUUCUAGCUAUGAGAAUAGUCAAAUUGAGCUUGCCAGGCGAGGUAAUGGCUGUCUCGUUCCUAACAUGUAAUUCAUGAUUUAGCCACUAAAUUGCUAAGGAGAUCAUAAGAAAUUAAGAAAAACGUUCAAGUCUAGCCUCUGCGUGGUAGACAGGUAUGGGGAAGGAGAAUGCUUUUCCCCUCCCAGUAAUUAAAAAAAAAAAAAAAAAAUAUAUAUAUAUAUAUAGUUUUACUAGGUUUUCAUGGAUAAUUUUUUAAAUGUAAGACAGGAAAGGGAUCUAUUUGAUGUCUAUCUUCAGAUAUAUUGGCAGUUUUCCUGAAACUAUUUAGUUCCUCAUCUGUUGCUUUUUCAUUUUGUAUACUGCAAGUUCCCAGGCAACUCGAAUUUGCAAACACAGCCAUGGAUACGCUAUUUACCUUACAGUAGUUUCCUGGGAAUCUAAGUCUGGUUUUUGUUAUUCUUCCCUCCCCUCCAUUGCAUAAUCAUGUAUAACUAGCAACAUUUAUGGUUAUAGGUUGAUUUCCUAAGUGUGGCUGAUGGUAGCCUCUAGUUUGAAGUGAGGGAAGAAUGAGUAGUCAGGAACUGGUCACUUUGAAUGUGGGAGGGAAGAUAUUCACGACAAGGUUUUCUACAAUAAAGCAGUUUCCUGCUUCUCGUUUGGCACGCAUGUUAGAUGGCAGAGACCAAGAAUUCAAGAUGGUUGGUGGCCAGAUUUUUGUAGACAGAGACGGUGAUUUGUUUAGUUUCAUCUUAGAUUUUUUGAGAACUCACCAGCUUUUAUUACCCACUGACUUUUCAGACUAUCUUAGGCUUCAGAGAGAGGCUCUUUUCUAUGAACUUCAUUCUCUAGUUGAUCUCUUAAACCCAUACCUGCUACAGCCAAGACCUGCUCUUGUGGAGGUACAUUUCCUAAGCCGGAACACUCAAGCUUUUUUCAGGGUGUUUGGCUCUUGCAGCAAAACAAUUGAGAUGCUAACUGGGAGGAUUACAGUGUUUACAGAACAACCUUCAGCGCCGACCUGGAAUGGUAACUUUUUCCCUCCUCAGAUGACCUUACUUCCACUGCCUCCACAAAGACCUUCUUACCAUGACCUGGUUUUCCAGUGUGGUUCUGACAGCACUACUGAUAACCAAACUGGAGUCAGGUAUGUUUCUAUAAAACCUGAUAACCGAAAAUUGGCCAACGGAACAAAUGUCCUCGGCUUACUGAUUGACACUUUAUUAAAGGAAGGCUUUCAUUUGGUCAGCACUAGAACAGUAUCCUCUGAAGACAAAACUGAAUGCUAUAGCUUUGAAAGGAUAAAAAGCCCUGAAGUGCUCAUCAUGAAUGAAACACCAAAACCAGAGACUAUCAUCAUACCAGAGCAAUCUCAGAUAAAGAAAUGAAGUUGUCUAUCCUCUUUUAAAGAGAAAUUGCCAUUUUUCUUGUUUCAUUACGUAUGUUAGCCAAAUCUACACUCAGCCUAACUCUUGGCUUCAUCUGCUGCCAUGCCGUCUCUGGGCAACCAGGCCCCAACUGUGCUUAAGCCAUAAUGCCUGCUGCUCUCUAGACAACUCCAUGUACUUGGUGCUUUGGUAUAUGUUCUACCUUCAAUACAUCUUUCCCUUUCUCUUCUUCAUGAAUGCUUAUGAGCCGAGAUUGCGCCACUGCACACUAGCUUGGGUGACAGAGGAAGACUGUAUAAAAAAAAAAAAUUGAUCAAACUGAUGGAUACCCUAAGUACCCUGACUUGAUCAUUACACCUUCUAUGCAUGCAACAAAAUGCCACGUGUACCCCAUAAAUAUGUAGAAAUAUUAUAUGUAAAUAAAUAGUUGGGCCUUCCGUAUUUUCCCACUUAUGUUUGUUUCAGCAUUUUAUUUAU